AUGACACGCUUCGGAGUCGGAGCAGUUCUAGUUUUACUGGCAUUAGGCCUUAGCCAGGCUAAUGGAAACAUAUUUGAAAGGACGUUCAAGAAACUUCACAGGGAGCCUUUUGAUCCGAUAAACCAAAAUAGAGACGACACUGUGCAAACAUUGUGGAUCGAACAGAAGCUCGAUCACUUUGAUGAGUCCGAGACUCGAACGUGGCAAAUGCGAUAUAUGUUAAACGAUGUGUUUUUCAAAACCGGUGGUCCCAUGUUCAUAUGCGUUGGUGGAGAAUGGACAAUUAACAAGGGCCCUAUUACAGAAGGUCACAUGUACGACAUGGCCAAGGAGCACAAUGGAAUUCUGUUUUAUACAGAACAUCGGUACUACGGCGAAAGCCAUCCAUUGCCAGAUUUGUCCAACGAGAGCCUUCAGUUUCUGCAUGUGAAACAAGCCUUGGCUGAUUUGGCGCAUUUUAUAAAAACGCAGAAGGCUUCGUAUGAGGGCUUGAGUGAUUCCAAAGUCAUAAUUGUGGGUGGCUCCUACUCUGCUGCGAUGGUUACUUGGUUCAAGAGAACAUAUCCCGAUCUGAUUGCAGGCGGCUGGGCCUCCAGUGCCCCUCUCUUUGCCAAAGUCGACUUUGUUGAAUACAAAGAGGUUAUGGGCGAAUCAAUAACUUUAAUGGGUGGUUUUUCUUGUUACAACCGCAUUCAGAAGGGUAUUGCGGAGAUGGAAGCGAUGUUUGCCAACAAACGCGGUGCCGAGGUUAAGGCUCUGCUGAAGCUCUGUGAACCGUUCGAUGUGCACAAUGAUUUGGACAUAUUUACGCUGUUUAACGAGAUUUCUGAAAUAUUUGCCAACGUUGUACAGGGCCACAAUCCUGGACGUAUUGAAGGUGUUUGUCAGCAAAUAAUGGCUGGAAGUACUGAUCUUCUUGGAGUAAGCAGCUAUCUACUCAGUGAAUUCAGUAAGGCAAGUAGCAGCUCUUGUAACGAUUUAAGCUACGAUGCCAUCAUGAAAGUACUUUCGGAUACAAGGUACAACGGCAAUAUGAUGCGUCAGUGGAUAUACCAGACAUGUAACGAGUACGGCUGGUAUCAGACAUCCAGUUCCAUCGCGCAACCAUUUGGCACCAAAUUUCCAUUAGCUCUGUUUAUAACCAUGUGCGCUGAUCUCUAUGGCCCCCAGUUCGGUGAAUCAUUUAUCGAGGACCGUGCGGCUGAGACAAACGAAUACUUUGGUGGCCUUACGCCGGAAGUGGAGAAUGUGUACUUCAGUCAUGGACAAUUGGAUCCCUGGCGUGCAAUGGGGAUACAGGACGAGAAGCAGGCCACCAUCAUACCAGAACAUGCGCACUGCAAGGACUUUGGAUCGAUUAGUAAUAAUGAUACCCCCGAGAUGCGAGCCUCAAAGGAACGAGUAGCUGAACUGGUUCGCGAAUGGCUUAAAUAAUGUUGCUGGCUCAGUCGGACUAUAAUAAUUUAAAA